AUGGCGUUGUCUAGUAGAUGGAAACUUCUUAAUAAAGAGUUAGGGAAAUGGAGGAAUGCCUUGACAAAAGCAAAGGCGAACAUUCAAAGCGGUCAAAAUUUGACCGAUGAGAUGGUACAAGCACAAAUGUGGUUCGGUGCCAUGGGGCAAGGCAAAAAAAGUUUCGUGCAUUUCCAAUGUUGGGAAAUUGUGAAGGAUUGUUCGAGAUUCAAAAUUAUUCCCACCGGUCCGCCGGUUGUGAUGAAUGAGACGCCACUCCACGAUUCAACAUCAACCGAUUCUCCAUUGGACUCCCCAAUGGAAACGGAGUCACCAUUUGUGCCACGUCCGCCAAGACCUAUUGGGAGAAAGGCGGCAAAGGCCAAGAGAGGGGCCACUUCGACCAAUGAUUGUGUACAAUUAUUGGAGCAAAUAGCUAAGAGCGCCACACUAAGAAUCGAGAGAGACUUGAAAAGAGAUGAAAUGGACAAGGCACGAGAGGAAGCAUUUGUUCUCCAACAACAAAUGGCACAAGAAAAAGACAUAGAGGAUAGAGAGAUGAAAAUCAUGGCUAUGGAUACGAGCCAUAUGUCUCCCGAAACAAAGGCUUAUUGGAAGCUACGACGAAAAGAUGUGAUGAGGAAAAAACUUUUCAAUGACGACGGACCUAGCAAUACGGAUUGGUUAAAUGAUGAAAACCAUUAG